AUGUAACAAAUAAAUAGUUACCAUGUAAUUUUGUGUUAUUCAGGCAAAACGUAUAUGAAAUAAUUCCAAAUCGAUUUUUUGUUUUCAAAAUAUACAUAUUUAUAUCUUAUUUAACAGCAUUUUCACAGUACCUUUUAAUAGUAAUUACAUUACAAUGUUAAAACCUAAAGCAUUAACACAAGUUCUGAAUCAAGCAAACACCGGUGGAGUUGAACAUACACUUUUAUUAAAUCACGAAGGAGCUUUAUUGGCUUACUCUGGGUAUGGCGACAAAGAUGCUCGGGUCACAUCAGCUAUAGCUAGCAAUAUUUGGAGUGCAUAUCAAAAAAAUGGGAAAAAUGCGUUCCGUGAUAGUCGAUUGAAGCUUAUGUUACUGCAAUGUGAAUCUGGAAACGUGGUUAUUUGUCAAGUAGUUAAUUUACUGCUAUGUCUUUACGCCAGAAGCACUGUGGGAAUGGGACUAUUGCGACAAAAAGCGACCGCAUUAGCCAACUAUCUGGAAGGUCCAAUCAAGGAAAUUGCAUCCUCAUCAUCCUCAUCAUUAUCAUCGUCUUGAUAUUUAAAUAUUUCAUCAUUAUAUUUAACUGAUUUUUCAGAUUCUACAAUAUAUUUAUCAUGGAAAUGAUGUAUUGA